CUAGCAUCUGAUGGAGAGAGAGAGGGAGACAGGAACUUCUAAUUCUUGGAUAAGCAUUAAGUAACAAGAGUAGCACGCGAGUCGUGAAAAAUUAAUCAGAAGGUUGGUCCGGCGGUUUGGGGCAGAACGAACCGCCAAAUCUGGGCAAGGUUCCGGACGAGAUGGGAAUAGAUUUAAAGUCUUGUCGUUCUAAUCUUCUGAUCUUUUCUUGACGUUGACAUUGAGUAGGCAAACAAGAUGUCGGUUUCCCCCGGCAGGAUCAGAGAGGGAAAAAAUGUCCAGAAGCAGACAACGCGCACGCCCACACGGUUAUUUUCGGACAGCUUGGAUGUGGAGUUUGUCGACGGUAGGACGGAGCGUGAGCGUCGUGCUGCUUCACUCGCUCGCAAACCGCGUUCUGAAAAAACCUCGCCUUCGCCGUCCAGAGAACGUGAACGUGCGGUCGUGCCGCGGACUGAAACUGUUGUAGUGACAACUAGCACGACACAGGACAACAUUUUCGCUGCAGGUCAUGCAGUGUCGUCAGGAGAAAGAGCCGCGCCGAGUACUAACCAGAAUUUGAAUCCGCUGAUCAGCAGUAGCAGCAGGGCCAGGGCCUUCUGCACGACCACAAGUGAAAAUAACGACAGCCGCGGCCCAGGUGUGGGGGUGGGCUACCGCCAACCGCAGCCAUCGUCAUCGACUGGUCGGGAGCCGGCACCGCAGCAGAUGGAGCGAGAGGCGGCUUCCACUGUCGUGAGUGCUCCUACUUCAGGUCUCCCGCCAAGAUUACAACGGCGCAGCACAAACACUACUAACGCAAAUCGGCGCAGCGGCCGCGGAAACAUCAACGCACCAGAUCAGAAUUACCAGGGGCACCAAAUUAGGCGCGGUACGAGAGCACAGACAGCGCAUGAAACUCUGGUCGCGCUAACUCGGCGACGGCGGCAGAAGAUGACCUCGGAGCAACUACUCGUCGUAAGUGCAUACAUCAUUUAUUAUAUUGGUUCAUCUAGUUUGUUAUAUUGCUUUUCUUUAAUUGUGCGAUUCCAAAUGAAAGACUAAGACAUAGACAAACUAACGCUUCAACCUGGUGGUUCGGAAAGCGCCACCCCCAACGCUGCCCUUCUUGUUCACGAUGUCAUUUCUAAAAUUAGCAUGACAACGCCACCAGGACGGUAUCGUUACUAUAUUGGGGGAUCGAGGUCUUCUUGUUCUUGCUAGACCCGUGACAAACAUAAACAAAGAAACAACCACACAACAGGAAGCGCAACUCCUAGAUCAACGGUACCACGAAAACUUGCGAUUUUUGAUAUCACACGAGAAACAAAAAGUGCAUCGGAAAAACGUAUCUUCUGGAAACAACGCCCAUCCCUACCAAUUUUUUGCAUGGCAAACAUUGGGUUUGAUGCAUGCACUGCAUGACAAAUUGGAUGAGGAUGCUUUUUUUUUGUGAGAACGCUAACAGAAUAGAAAAUAUUGAUUUUGGUAUAUAAUCCACAAAAGGAAACGCAAAGUGCACAGUGAAAAUCUUAAUCUACUUUAUUUGGUAUGCGUAUGAUAUGGCCCGACAGAAGAACGAGAAGAGUCGAAUGGAGUAAGUAUGCAACUCGUCAUGAAGAUUCGUAGAAGAUCGCUGCUUGUACAUGCACUUUUUGAUGUCAUACCAGCGAAGCGAAAAGGAGGCUAGAACGCAGCUUGCUAAUUCUAAUCUUAAAUUGCGAGCAAAGCUGCAGAAAAUCUACAAUUUUCUGCUGCCGCGGAAGGGAGUCAACAAAAAGGGACGCAACUUCCUCCUUAAGUUGAUCACGGAAGUGGACGAGGACCAGGAUCUUCAGGAAGGGGGGCUAGAGGAAGAAAAAUACGAACGUCAACCGCGACCCUUUUGUGGACAAAGACAACAAACAGCAGUUGCAGCGGAUCUGGAGCUCCCGACGCGGCCGCUUGCAGCGGUAAGAGACGAGGUGCAGUUUCACAACACGUCUAUGGGACAGGUACUUCAUACACACAAGACAGGAUGAUAGGUGAACGUGAACCUUUCUGCUACUAGUGAGUAACUCAGGAGUCUAACCACACGAUGUCGCUGGUGAAGACUGAAGAGGACCACGACGGAUCGUCCCCGUUUCUACUUUACGAAUGACUACCUCUGAUGUGUGAUGUUUUCUCUAUCUUCAAAUUGGAGUAAAAUUCUUUGUCUUUGUGCUUUUGUCGAUAUCGAUAUCGUGAAUAUCAGUAUGAUUUCAGUUUCAGAUGAACAAUCGUGUGCAGAGUUUGAGUUAUUAUAAAAAUAAUUCUUGCGGCAGCUAUUUAUUUCUCCAUUAUGCAAAAACCAGGCCGCUCCGCCCGCGAACGCACAAGGACAGGUUGGCGAGCCCGUGGAACGAUUGUUCCCUGCUGCGGCAGAUGAUGGUGCUUCUGGUUCCGGUCGCGAGAGUCAAGUGGCAGGGGCGGGGGAAGGAGCCCGCGCGGCCACAUCCGGCGCUAGUGGCCUGAUGGGCGGAGUAGGGGCCCUGCAUCUAGCAGCCCCUGAGGAAGAACCCGAGAUCAGCCUCGAUUGGAUCACUAAACCUAAGGUGAAGGAGUGGUUGAAACAGAGGAGGCAAGAGAAAAGAGAUCAAUUGAAGCAGCAGGAAAUAUUCGGAGUUGUUGCAGCGGAAACGACGUCGGAACAUUCGGGAUUCGCCUUUUCAUCCACUUCUACCUCGGCCAGCUGGAGCGUUGAAUAUGCGCAAACUGAUCUCCCGUGGUGGGAGAGGACGCAAAAAGACGAGAAGUCCAAUCUGUUCGGUCAGACCACGAACUCAACAACAUUAUUUGGAACAACAAAUGCGGUAGUGGAUUCAUCCUUUUCCUUGACGAACGGUUCGACCUCAUCGUCGAGAACGGGUCCUGUGUUCACACCUCCGACAAGGACCAGUGCGUCAAUGUCAACACAGCAGUUGGGACUCUUCUCGACGUCAAGUACCAACAGCAGCAGCCACGAGAAGGUAAAGGAGAUGAAGGAGGAGGAACAGCCGCAGUCUCAACCAAAUCCGCCUUCAAUGCCAGUCUUCCUACUUGGGCCCGAGACCGCGACACCGCGAUGUAACGACAAUGGUGGUAGCGUUCCGCAGGCUCUUUCGUUGCACGGUCCUCCCACGUCAACUUCUUUUGCUGCUGGCGAACAACUUCUGUUCAAUGGUUCGAAUAAGAACGAAGCAAAAGCUCCGGUGGCGGGUCACCAGCUGCACAUCCAUCUACAAGAUUCUCAGCACGACGUUAGCAACUACAGCAACAGCCUCUUCGGUGCAGUAGCGACCGCACACGAGCAACUGUCUAGAAGUGCAAACAACUCCAAAGGUCUCCCGGAUCAUCAGAACAUGUUCCUGCGCAGUACGUCGCACACGAGCUGCAGUGGCAUGCUUGGUGCAGGAGGAGGACAAUGGACGGGCUUUCACUCCAACGAAGCGUCAACCUCGGGUUCAAAAACCUCCAGUAUUUCGAUUUCCGCUUCGUCCUCUCGAGCAUCAUCUGCCGGGCGCAGUACUGCGGCAUCGCUCGGCGCGACGGGGGGUUUCUCGGGCGCAACUGCUUCAACAUCUUCGUCGCAGGGGAAACACAAUAGAAGCACCUCCACGUCGCGGCAGGCAGGAGGGGGAAAAGCAGUCCGAGGGAACCCCCAGCAGUCUCCUUCUCCGUCCUCACGGAGCAGUGCACCAGGGCAAAAUGAGUUGUGUCGUGCAACUCGUAGUUCUGAUGUGGCCUUUUGUUCACCAAGCAGCCGCAAGUCGUCCAAGGGUCCGCUGCGGAAGCAGCGUAGUUCGGAGGAUAUCGUGCGUCAUAUCCAGUCCACUAGGCGAACUAUGACCAGAUCCGCGUCGGCCAUUGUGCGGAGGCCGAGUACGCCAGCGGCAGCAGGCCUAGAACAGUGCGGCGGCGGCACUACACCACGCGUUCGCGUUCGCGCAUCAACUCCGCGAGCGACACGGGUAGGAGCAGCCCCUACAAUAGCACUCGGAAGCAACCACGACAACGUCGACGGCAAGUACACCGGGGAAGACAUGGAGCGCCGUGGCUCGCAGCAGGAUAUCAAAACUAAUACUAAGCACGUCUUUUCGUCAUAUUUCUCUGGCUACAGCAAAUUAUGUCCCCGGAUGAGCAUGAGCGUUUUCGUUUGUUGAAAGCUGAUGUGCUAACACGUAGCCCGAAAGAGCAAGGAGUGAAAUGCGAAUUUUCUUUCAGUGAGUCUGGAGAGUUGUUAACAUGCGUGCGCUUAAGUUCUCCUUCUCCCUGGUCGUGUAGUUGAUAUGAAAAUGAAGAUAAACACAUCGCAUCAUCAUGCUCGAGCGACACGGGUGCGGAGUACUUCGCAAAAGCAACGCUUUCGACAUUCAAACUCGUCCGCAUCUGCAAAAGGGCCAGACUUUUAGUUAUUAGAAAUUAUAGUUAAUUUGCUGAGCCUGCGGGAGGUAAUAUGGCAUAAAGCUACGUGCUUUUGAAUAUGAUAUGCUGGCGGAAAGCUCGAGCAGACUGGCGGUUUUGAGAACUCCGUGGUCACGUCAAAAAGGUGAACAGCAGGAGCGAUGCUUAACUGUUCUACUUCUACGAAUACUUGUUUCCUCUAGUCACAACAGGUUUUUUAACAUGCAGCUUGCGAUUAGUCAGACUGUGACUGUGGUUUGUUUUCUCUUCGCAGCACGUGCUUUCCGUGUUGAAGUGCGGACAAUGAACAGCUUAAAGUCGAAGACUGACACCCACACCUAAAUAACUUUGCACGAAUAAAAAUGUUUUUGUUUCACUUGAUUUAGAUGCUUUUAUUUAACGUUAAGGCUUUACCGAUAUUUUUAUUACCUUCGGAUGAAUAAAAAUGAGAAUGUACAAAAAAUAUAUGUCGUAUCGUUUUUUUCACUUCUAAUCUAGCAGAUAACAUUAACAAUGUCUCAUCUUCAUGAACUACUUUUGACAGAAGACCUUAUUUCGAUUCUUGUACCAUAAGCUGAAGAUAUUUGACUUUUACAGAAGAAUGCAAUGCGCGAUGGAUUUGGCUACUUUCUACCGAGCCACCGUACGAACUACUCGUCGACUAGCAUUACGUACUGAUAAAAAUACGAUACACUCUUCAGAGGAUGGGAAUGAAGAAGUAAUGCUAUUUUGCAGGCGAAUGAAUUAGGCUAUACAGGGCGCUCAGUUGCUCUAUACACCACAAGACCCUGGCACCGCAUCUCCUUGGAGGUGUGGUGGUCACAUAGCAAAGCUUAACGGUAACAAGAUGUUGAUGUAGGAUACAACUCGAAGGCGCAGCUGUCGCUUCCGUAAUAAAAUGAAUGCAUCUUUAGAGAGCGCCAGCACGAGCGACUGCAGGUGAUCGACGAUAAAUGUAUAUGUACGAUACGGUGUGGGUCUACCGUGCUAGUGCUACCAAGUAUCAAAAUAAGAUGAUACCUCUAUUGCUAUUUCUUUCGCCAGCAGCAAGACUACCUCUAACCGGCGCCAGAGCCAGGCAAUUGACACGUG